GGGCAUAGGAGGGGUCUGGGAGUCUCUCCUGGUGGGCCCCUUCCCCCGUGAAGCCCGGUGUUCCGCGUCCUCCCUCCCAGCCCUGGGCUGGCCAGGCCUCAUUUCCUCCCCCGCCCCUCAAGAAGUGAGGUGGGGGUUGGACAUAGACGCCCAGACUGACCAGUGAGUAGAUAUCCCAGCGGCCGGGACCGGGCCUGGUCACGGCUGACCAUGAGCCAGGGGGGACCCCCAUUCUCCCCCCUCCUCCUCCUCCUCCUCAUCACUCGGACAGGCGGGAUCGUGGACCUGACCCUCGUGGCCGACUUCCGCAUCGCUGACCCGCAGCUCUCCUUCCUGUCCUGCGUGUCCGGGGAACCGGGGGCCGCGGGCGAGGGCCGGUCCCCGCUGCUGUUGGAGAAGGAUGACCGGAUCGUCCGCGGCCCCCGACCACGCGUCCCCCUGCGCCUCGCCCCCGACGGCCCCCGCCGCCUCACCCUGCGGGGCUUCUCCCAGCCUUCCGACCUCAUGGGCGUGUUCUCCUGCUUGCGCGAGACCCGCGUCACCUACGUGCACAACAGCCCCAAGGCCUACCUGCUCCCGGACCGUGUGACGCACACGGUGAACGUGGGAGACACGGCCACCCUCUCUGCCAGGAUCCAAACGGCCAAGAGCACCGACGUGUUGUGGAAGAGCAAUGGCUCGUAUUUCUAUGCUCUGGACUGGCAGGAGGCCCAGGACGGACGGUUCACGCUGCAGCUGCGUGACGUGGGAGUAGCCACGGGCGGCGUGUACACCGCCUCCUACUUGGGGACCAGCCCGCUGGAGAGCGGCUUUUUCCGACUCAUCGUGCGGGGCUGUGCGGCGGGUCGCUGGGGUCCCAGCUGCAGCAAGGAAUGUCCCGACUGUCUCCACGGGGGCGUCUGCCAUGACGGCGUGGGCGAGUGCGUCUGUCCCCCCGGCUUCACCGGCCCUCGCUGCGAGAAGGCCUGCAGGGAGGGUCGUUUCGGGAGGAAUUGCCAGGAGCAGUGUCCCAGCGCGCCGGGCUGCCGCGGCCUCACCUUCUGCCUCCCCGACCCCUACGGCUGCUCGUGCGGCUCCGGCUGGAGCGGGCCCCAGUGCCAGGACCCCUGCCCCCGGGGUUGGUUCGGGGCCGGCUGCUUCCUGCAGUGCCGCUGCCAAAACGGGGGCACCUGCGACCGGUUCAGCGGCUGCGUCUGCCCCUCGGGGUGGCACGGUGGACGCUGCGAGCGCUCAGAUCGGAUCCCCCAGAUCAUAGACCUGGCCGCCGAGCUGGAGUUCAACCUGAAGGCCGAGCCUCUGGUCAGCUGCGCGGCCACCGGGAACCCCCCGCCGGUCAGGGGCAGCAUGGAGCUCCGCCGGCCCGACGGCACCGUCCUCUCCGUGAGCUGCCAAAGGCCCAUCAUGGAGACAGACAGGACCACGUCGGAGUUCCGAGUCCCACCGGUCAGCGCCCUGGACAGAGGUCCUUGGGAAUGCCGCGUGUCCACCUCCGGGGGCCAGGACAGCCGCCGCUUCCUGGUCCACGUCAAAGUCCCUCCCAAGCCCCUGGCCCCACCCCGGCUCCUGGCCCGCCUCAGUCGCCAGCUGGUGGUGGCCCCGCUGGCUCAGUUCUCUGGAGAUGGCCCCAUCUCGACGGUGCAGCUUCUCUACCAGCCCCAGGAUGGCCCCGGCCCCGGCCCCUGGUCCUCCGUCACGGUGGACCCCCGCGAAAACGCCACCCUGGCGAACCUGCAGCCGCAGACAGGCUAUCGUGUCCGCGUGCGGCUGAGCCGGCCCGGGGAGGGCGGGGAGGGGGAGCUGGGGCCUCCCGCCCUCAUGGUCACUGACUGCCCAGAGCCCACCGUGCAGCCAUGGCUGGAGAGCUGGCACCUGGAGAGCCAGGACACCUUGGUGGUGCGCUGGGCCCUGCCCGGGGGCUCCGGAGGUUCCGGGGGUCCCUGGAGUCCCGGGGACGGCUUCGUGCUGCGGCUGUGGGAUGGCGAACGGGGCCUGGAGCGGCGGGAGAACGUGACGUCUCCCCGAGCCCGCUCGGCCCGGCUGAGGGACCCUGGCCCCGGCAUCCUCUACGAGUUGGAUGUGCGGCUCUUCCGGUGCGGCAGCCUGGGGGCCCCCCGUGCCCACCGACCCCGCGUGUUGGUGCCCCCGAAUGGCCCCCCGCCCCCCCCGCUGCUCCGGGCCAACCCCGUCUCGGACUCGUCCAUCCCGCCUCAUCUGGGACCCCCCCCGCCGCGCCCCCCCGGGGCCGUGUCCAAGUUCAUCGUGGAGCUUCAGGCGGUCGGGGGCGGCUCGGAGCCCCUCUGGGUGGACCUGGAUGGGUCCCAGGACACUGUGGUCAUCGACAGACUUAACGCCUCCACCCAGUAUCGCUUCCGGGUGCGGGCCAGCGGGCUCGGCCCCGGGGAGUGGAGUAACGUCGCCACGGCUACCACGUUGGGGCUCGGGUUGCAGGGCUCAGCCCCCGCCUUGGAGAGCCGGGCCGGGACCGGGGCCGGGGCGGCAGCGGCCCCCGGAGCUGUGGGCCGACGGCUGGUCCUGGCCGUGGUGGCCUCUGUGGCGGUGACCUGCGGCUCCAUCCUGCUGGCCCUGCUCGGACUCUUCUGUCUCCGCAAGGCAGUCCACCACCGCCACCGGCUCCGCACCUUCACCUGCCCAUCCCGAUCGGGCAAGGAGACUAUGAUGCAGUUCAGCUCCGGGACCCUGACCCUGAGCCGGCGGCCACAGCGGCCGGCCGAGCCGCUCAGCUACCCGGUGCUGGCCUGGGAGGACAUCACCUUCGAGGACCUCAUCGGGGAGGGCAACUUCGGCCAGGUGCUCCGCGCCAUGAUCACCAAGGACGGACUCCGCGUCAACGCCGCCGUCAAGAUGCUGAAAGAAUUUGCUUCGGAAAAUGACCACCGAGAUUUUGCCGGGGAGCUGGAGGUGCUGUGCAAACUGGGGCCGCAUCCCAACAUCGUCAACCUCCUGGGGGCCUGUGAGAACCGCGGCUACCUGUACAUCGCCAUCGAGUACGCGCCCUACGGGAACCUGCUGGACUUCCUGCGCAAGAGCCGCGUACUGGAGACGGACCCGGCCUUCGCCCGGGAGCACGGCACGGCCUCCACCCUCACCUCCCAGCAGCUGCUGCAGUUUGCCAGCGACGUGGCCAACGGCAUGCAGUACCUGAGCGAGAAGCAGUUCAUCCACAGGGACUUGGCUGCCAGGAACGUGCUGGUCGGGGAGAACCUGGAGUCCAAGAUCGCCGACUUCGGGCUGUCGCGUGGGGAGGAGGUUUACGUCAAGAAGACGAUGGGGCGGCUGCCCGUGCGCUGGAUGGCGAUCGAGUCCCUGAAUUAUAGCGUCUACACCACCAAGAGCGAUGUCUGGUCCUUUGGAGUUUUGCUCUGGGAGAUUGUCAGCCUUGGGGGCACCCCGUACUGUGGCAUGAGCUGCGCUGAGCUCUACGAGAAGCUGCCCCAGGGUUACCGCAUGGAGCAGCCGCGGAACUGUGACGACGAAGUGUACGAGUUGAUGAACCAGUGCUGGCGGGACCGGCCCUACGAGCGGCCCCACUUCGCCCAGAUCUCCCUGCAGCUCGGCCGCAUGCUGGAGGCCCGGAAGGCCUAUGUGAAUAUGGCGCUGUUCGAGAACUUCACCUACGCCGGCAUCGAUGCCACCGCCGAGGAGGCGUGAUGCCCCGGCGGUCCAGCCUGCCCGGCGCCCACCGUCGCCCGCCGUUCGGGCGGACAGGUGGAUGAGCGGUAGCUGGCUUCCUUUUUGGACCCCGAUUGCCGACACCACCAUCCGGGCGGCGGGGCAGAAGCUGCCUCUGAACUCAACUCUGACACCCAACUCUGGGCCCCGCCAUAGUCUCCCCUGCCCCAUUCCCCACCCCCCCACCCAAGAUCCCAUCCCUCUGGAUCUCAGCCCUUCGUAACCCCAGUUCCCCUGACCCCAGAUUUUCUGAAUCUCGGUCCCUAACCCUACCCCGCCGUGCCCUCCGCUCCCAGGCACUGUGGGGUUCGAGGAAGGAGAAGGGUGGGGGGUGGGGGUAGGGUCGGGGUCAAGAGGACUCUGGUGCUAGCCACCCCCGCGGGCUCGGGGAGAAUAAAGUUUCUGACUGAGCAG